UAGAUAUUGGAAUGGCAUGUUUAUGGAGGCAGCUGCCGGAAGACUGCGUCUCGAGGAUAUUAUCCAGGACUUCUCCGGCAGAUGUAUGCAGAACUCUUACAGUCUCCAAGGACUUCCGACGUCCCGCUGAAUCCAACCUUGUGUGGAACCAAUUCUUGCCUUCCGAUAUCCAUACCAUUCUCCCAUCACCAAUCAACUCCUCAUCCACCAAAAACCUCUUUUUCCUCCUCUCUCAAUCCAUCCUUCUUGAUGAUGCCAAAAAGGCAUUUGCAUUAGAGAUAUCAACAGGGAGAAAAUCAUACAUAAUUUCUGCAACAGAUCUUUCCAUUUUCCACAACAACAGCAGCAACUGGACCUGGAAAUCCAUCCCAGAAUCAAGAUUUGAUAAGGUGGGUGAGGUGAAAGCGGCAGAGAGGCUCGAAAUAGAGGGCAAGAUAAGAAGCCAAGCACUGUCUCCCGAAACCAACUAUGGCGCAUACCUAUUAUUCAAAAUCAGCAAGGAUGCAUACGGCCUCAACUCCAUACCAUGUGAAACCUUCAUAGCUUCCGGGGACCGCCUGCUGGCCACCAGCACCGCCACUUUAGACGACACCACUAACCGCCCCUUGCACGCCCUCUUCUACGGGAACAGGUUGCACAUGAUGAAGGAGAGGAUAGGGCCCAACACCGCCACAGCCGCCCCUUCUAAGAGGCAAGAUGGCUGGCUCGAAAUCCACAUCGGAGACUUCUUUAUAGGUGCUGGUGACACCGGCGACAUAACCAUGGCUGUCAAGGAGAUUAAGGGUCAUCAGCUUAAGGGAGGGCUCAUUGUUGAAGGAAUCCAUGUUAGGCCAAAUCCCUAGUUGAACAUUUUUUUUUCUUUUUUAAUUUCAUUCAUUCAUGGAUGCACAUGUUGUUGUAAGAAGUUUGUAUUAAUUAUAUUAAACCUGAAUCAAACGAACAUAUAGAUUUGUUUU